AUCGUCACUUUGUAACCAUGAUUAUAAUUACAUGAUCAUAAUAGUGGAAUUCUUUAUGUUUUUUAAACGUUAACAUAACAGACUCACCUUUCUACAGUCGUUGUCUUACUGUUCCUACUACGUACUGUCUGAGUAUUUUUGGACAGAGCUGCUUCCCGUAAUCACCUUUCAACUCAUGGACACGACAUCUUAUUUCUGAUUGGAUGUCUACAGAAACCGUCAGAGUUUUUUACCAGCCAAUCUGUGCACUCCAUUAAUCCACUCACAAAACAUAUUCCACCUUGACGCUGACAGUCUCGCAUUGAUGUCAUUGCAGUUGAAUAUUUUCUUUUUCUUUGUAACAAGCUAAUGUCAGGCUUUCAUAGAGAAAAUGAAGCCGCCAAAACUCUUUUCCGAAGACUUGAGUCCGCAGUUACUCCCAUCGUGUCAGGAGAGUACAGUCACCGAGACAGAGCGGGAAUGGCAUCCAGGGUCUCCUUCUCACAAUACCGACUGGAAGCGGAGAUUGAGCGCUACCGAGCAGAAUGUCAGUGGGACAAGAUACCAGCCCUCAUAGAGCAACUCCUAGCCGCACGAAUUCACGAUGACGAUGACUAUGGGUCCCUGGUAUUGGCUGAGACCCUGCUGGAGGAGUGCUUACUGGAUAAUAUGAGCCUAUUACGGAGCUCCACGGCCCUGAUGGACAAGUCGCAGCCCAAACUGUGCCGGGCCAAGGGCCACCUCAACUCAGUCUUGAGCAAGGGUCGACUAGGGCCCAGGUAUCUGAACGAGGCUCUGCUUCUCAUGGCCAAAGUCCACUACGUGCAGGGCCGUUACCGUGACGCCCAGGGAAUGUGUGCCAGGGUGGACAUCGACGAGCUGACACGGGAUGAGCAGCCUGUGUACCACCUGCGCCUGCUCGCUGAGGCUUACGUCAUCAAAGGUCUGUCUCUGGAUCACCAGUCUUCCUCCGGUGCUUCUCGUGUCCGUCUGUCGGAGAGGGAGGAGGAGUGUCUGUCCUGCUACCAAGGCUGUGAUGCCGGCCUCCUUUACCUGCAGGAGCUCGACAAAGUGCUGUGUCACUCCCGGCUCCAAGAUGGCCAGGCCAGCCUGGCUCCUCCACCGUUGGACAUGGACCUGGGCUUCUUCCAACAGGCAGCACUCCAGAGUGCCUACCUGUGUCUGCUGCACAGAGGUCACCUGGCUCAGGGUGCCCAUCAGCUCCGCAGGGUCCUCAGGGUGGUCGAGUCUCGGGGCUCCCAACAAUUCAGAAAGGGUGCAACGAGGAAGCUAGCUGAGGUGUUGCUCAGCUCGGUCAGUGAGGACAGCUACUGGGCCCCCUCCGGCCCCCCACCCUCCGCUUGGCUCCACAGAGAGGGCUCCGCCACCCCCAAAGAUGCCAUCUACCCCUCCUCCAAACCCCCGCAGCGCUACAGCAUUGAAGGCUGCUUCUGCCCCCAGGACGUGGUGGAGGAGGCCGUGCUCCUGCUGCUCAUCUCUGAAUCCAUGGCCAGCGGAGACGCCGUCAUCAGCCGGGCGCCCGACCAAAAGGAGGCGAGGGAGGCCAGUCUGCAGGAUGCCACCUCGGUGUACGACCUGCUGAGCAUCGGCAUGGCCAGGAGGGGGCAGUAUGCCAUGCUGUCUGAGUGUUUGGAGCGGGCCAUGAAGUUUUCCUUUAAUGUUCACCUCUGGCACCAGUUGGGCCUGUCGCUCAUGGCGUCUGGGAAGGGUGUUGGUGCUGUGUCUGUGCUCAAAGAGUGUGCCAGGAUGAGACCCGAGGACCCCUCGCUGCCCCUGUUGGCAGCCAUCUGCAUUGGUCAGCUGCACUGGCUGGAGGAGGCGGAGGCCUUGUCCCAGAGUGUGGUGUCGAUGGGGAAGAGGCAGCAGAGUUCUCCCCAGAGCCUACUGGCCCUGGGCUGUGCUGCAGCCUGCAGGCUUCUGACCGCCACCCUGAAAGCUGACCGGGAUGAGUUCAACAAACGAGCACUACAAGCUCUCCAUAAAGCUCAUGCUCUGGACCCCCAGGAUCCUCAGGUAGCUCUCUACCUGUCCCUCCAGCUGGCUCUCGUUCGACAGGCUAGCGGCAGCCAUGAACCUCUGCAGGCGGCGCUGUCUCUGCGUGGCGACGACCUGCACUCCCUCCACCUGUUGGCCCUCCUCCUCAGUGCCCAGAAGCACCUCCAGCACGCCCUGGACACCCUCACCCUGGCCCUCAGCCAGCACCCCGACAACUUCAAUCUGCUGUUUACUAAGGUGAAGCUGGAGGAGGCUCUGUUUGGGCCGAGUGUUGCCCUUCAGACCUGUGAAGACAUGCUGCAGCUAUGGCAACAACGAUACGACGUGAACCGUGUCAGCGAGGGGGAUGACAACAGUAGUGUACCACCAGCGGAGCCGGCACCACCGACCGUACGCAAGACCAGCCUCGUUCACCUCUACCUGCCUGACUUCCUAGAGGCAAACACUGGUUCUCAGAGCAGCCAUUCUGUAGCAGCCUCUCGGUUGGAGCAGGCCAUGUCGGAGGUGUCGGCCAUCAGCUCCGCCCAGCGCCACGGCCCUGCCUACAUCUGGACCACCCUGGAGCGCAUCUGGCUGCAGGCAGGGGAGUUGUUCCUGGCGGAGGGGCGUGGGAAGGAGGCCCAGUGCUGCAUGGCGGAGGCAGGCUCCCUGUUCCCGGCCUCCCCCAGCGUGCUGCUGCUGCGGGGCCGACUGGCCCACCUUCGGGGGAACCUGGACGAGGCCAAGGGGCUGUACGACGAGGCCCUGGCCAUCCACCCCACCGGAAUCAGCAUCCUGGUGCACCUGGGUCAGCUGCUGGUGCAGACGGGGCGGGCGGGCCUGGGGGAGAAGGUUCUGCGAGACGCCGUGCAGGCCCAGAGCAUGGCCCACGAGGCGUGGAGCGGCCUGGGGGAGGCCCUGCAGACCCAGGGGAACAGCCAGGCCCCCGACUGCUUCCUCACCGCUCUGGAGCUGGAGGCCUCCUGCCCCAUACGGCCCUUCUCCAUCAUCCCCCGCGAGCUCUGAGCAGGGGGGAGGGGGAGGAGGAGGAG